AAAAAAAAGCAAAAAAAAAAAAGUCAGCCAUGAGCCAGCUGAAGAUAAAGGUCCGUGAUUUUCAUUUGGAGAAGAAAAAUUCUAGAGAAAUUGUUGCGUGAUAUUAGAGAGAAACGAGAAGAAAAGAACUGAAUCCGGCCUUUUUUCAAGAUGAAUAUCGACGACGGCGACGAUGACCGGGUUUUCAAGAGGAUUAUCCCCCCUGAUUCUUAUUUUAGUUUUGAACUCCCCAUGAGCGUUACAAUUCCAAGUCCAAUGAAUUCCAUGAGCCCUCAAGGAUUGUCAACGUCAUCUUCUUCAACACCUUGGUGGAAAUAUGAUGUCUUUCUUAGUUUUAGAGGGGAUGACACGCGUAGAAGUUUUACGGGCCAUCUAUAUGAUGCUUUGAAAAGGAAGGGUGUUUUGACUUUUAGGGACGAUGAAAAUCUUGAAAGAGGAAAAUCAAUUUCACAAGAGCUCUUGAAUGCCAUAGAAGAAUCCAGAGUUGCUAUUAUUAUUUUUUCAAAAAACUAUGCAUCUUCGACAUGGUGCUUAAAUGAGCUUGAAAAGAUCGUUAGAUCCAUGAAAGAGAUGGGAUUGACAAUUCUGCCGGUUUUUUAUGAUAUGGAUGCAUCUGAUGUACGAAAUCAGACAGGACCUUUUCAAAAUGCUUUUGAUGAUCUCGAAGAUCAAUUUAAGGAAAAUUUGGAGAAAGUUGAAACAUGGAGAGUUGCUUUGAGAGAAGUGGCCAAUCUCGCUAGUUGGCCUUUACAAAAUAGGUAAUUUUCAUAACAAAAUUAUUUCUUUUGAUAUAUAAAGUUAUAAAUGACAAUAAUUCUUUUAAAUUCAAUGAAGUAUAUUAAUAGCUGUUGGAAUGUAUCAUAAAAUGCUUGAUUGAAAUAUUACAUAUGGUAGUUAAAAUCCUGUUGUAUUUUGGAA